AUGGCCCCUGGCGACGAAUACGCCGCCGGCGGGGGCGGCAAACUCAAACUCAAGGGCCUCAAAACGAGCGAUGGCCGAGUAGACAAGAAAAAGAAGAAGAAGAAGGCCAAGAACGUCGACACGGAGGCUCUCGCGUCACCGGCGGCAGCGGCUACGUCCGAGGACGCUGAGCAGCGCAGCCGCAGUCGCAGCGAGGAGCAGCACAGCGGUGAGUAUGACGCCGCCGGGGUAGGGAAGACGGAGGCGGAGCGGAAGUACGAGGAGGCGAGGAAGAAGCGGCUCCUGGAACGUUUGAAGCGCGAGGGCGUCAAGACUCACAAGGAGCGGGUGGAGGAGUUGAAUAAGUAUCUCAGUAGGUUGAGUGAGCAUCAUGAUAUGCCGAAGAUUGGACCAGGAUAG